UUUCUUGUGCAGCACCAAUCACUACGCCUAUAAAUUCCACAGCACUACACACAACAUCUGCAUUCAUAUCUUUCUUCUUAUCAUUUCACAAGUCUGCAUUAAGCAUGGGGUUCUCACUUGAGCCCCCAAGUUCAAGGACUAGUGCUAUAGCCAUCAUGUUUUCGUGUUUUUGGUUGAUUUUUCUAGUUCAAUCCUCAGUUGCAAAAGUGAUACAGCUGAAAUGGGAAGUGGAGUACAAGCACUGGUCUCCGGAUUGCAUUGAGAGUGUCGUUAUGGCGAUCAAUGGAACGUUCCCAGGUCCAACCAUCGAGGCUACUGCGGGUGAUACUGUUAAUAUUACGCUCACAAACCAUCUGCACACUGAAGGUGUGGUCAUUCAUUGGCACGGUAUCACCCAGAAAGGGACGCCAUGGGCUGACGGGACUGCAUCCAUCUCUCAGUGUGCUAUAAACGCAGGGGAAACCUUUGUCUACAGUUUUACGGUUGAAAAGGCUGGAACAUUUUUUUACCAUGGGCACUACGGAAUGCAAAGGUCAGCUGGUUUGUAUGGAUCUCUUAUAGUGCACGAAGCAGAACCACACCGACAACCAUUUAAAUACGAUGGAGAGUUUAAUCUUUUGUUGAGUGACUGGUGGCAUCAGAAUGUUCAUAGACAAGAGGUUGAUCUUUCUGGAGUACCGCUUGUUUUCAUAGGCGAACCCCAGUCUUUACUUAUCAAUGGAAAAGGUCAGUACAAUUGCUCAAUCGCUGCACAUUUUGAUGAGUCUAAAAACGUCUGCAAUUUCACGGAGAAAGAGCAAUGUAAGCCGGAGAUUCUCCAAGUGAAGCCAAACAAGAAAUAUCGGAUAAGGCUAGCUAGUACUACUGCACUGGCUUCGCUCAACUUCAUGAUCCAGGGUCACAAGCUAGAAGUGGUGGAGGCAGAUGGAAACUAUGUGAAGCCAUUUUUAGUUGAUGAUCUUGAUAUUUAUUCCGGAGAAAGCUAUUCAGUUCUGCUGAAUACUAAUCAAGGCCCCCCCUCGGGAAAUUAUUGGAUCUCGAUAGGGAUAAGAGGAAGAAAGCCUGGCAAACCUCCAACUCCUCCAGCUUUGGCAAUCCUAAAUUACUACCCCAUGACCCCCGUGUCAAAGCACCCAAGUUCAGCUCCUCCGGUUCAUCCUGUCUGGGAUAAUUACACCCAUAGCAAACUAUUUUCAAAUAGUAUCAAAGCUCUGACAGGCCCAAAAUCUUAUUUAAACUAUAAGCCCCCUCCGCUUAAACAAGACAGGAGAAUUGUGCUUCUCAACACACAAAACUACAUAAAUAAUUACACAAAGUGGACGAUCAACAACAUUUCCUUAACGUUGCCAAGCACGCCUUACUUGGGAGCCAUCAAGUACGGUAUAGACAAUGCAUUCACUCAACAGAGUCCUCCGGAUCAUUACAAUAGUCCAAAUUACAACAUCAACUACCCUCCACCGCGUGACACAAAUGCAAUCCACAGCAAUGCAGUGUACAAGCUGCCAUCCAAUAAGGUGAUCGACGUGGUUCUUCAAAACGCCAACAUGCUGACCGAAGGCCACAGCGAGAUUCACCCUUGGCAUUUGCAUGGGCAUGAUUUCUGGGUGCUGGGAUAUGGAGAAGGGAAGUUCAGUGAUGCAAAUGAGACUCUGUUUAACACGGUGGAUCCGCCUUUAAGGAACACUGUGGUGGUUUAUCCAUAUGGUUGGACUGCACUGAGAUUCGAAGCUGAUAAUCCAGGCGUCUGGGCAUUUCACUGUCAUAUCGAGCCACAUUUGCAUAUGGGCAUGGGUGUCAUAUUCGCGGAAGCUGUGGAGGAAAUUAAAAAGAUGAAAGUGAACAAAGAAGCUCUGGUUUGUGGACUCACUGGGAAGAUGUUCAUGAACAGCCACAGAGAUUAAGAUUAGCUGAAAAGAUUUGUGAGCCAUUAGACUUGUUGAGGGUUUAGUUUUAUGACUAAUUAUAUCUUGUGAUUUAAAAGCAAUCAAGUUGUGAUUUAAAAGCAAUCAAGUUGCUGGCCUUGUACCAUUUUAUUUCUAGUGCAAAUUGGUUGGAUCA